UCAGACUCAGAGUAAGACUCCUGGCUGAACUUCGACCCCAGAGGAGUUUGUCGCAUGAAGACGGAAGAGUGGGACACGAGAAAGAAUUUUUAGAUCAGUGUCGGUCUGUUCUUGUUUGUUAUGUUAUAGAGGUUUCGGGGAUUAUUGAUUAUUCUCCAUGGCUCUUAAUGAGGAGUGAGACAGUUACUAAGAAUCUGCAUGUGGAUCUACAGUUAACAGACACAAAGAUGAGCCAGAACAUGUUUCAGGAAGGCCUGUAUCAGGUGUUCUUUAAGGAACAGCCACGCCCCAAGCCCCGCACCCGCUCCCUGCUGACAAGCUCCAAUCAGACUGAGGUGAAGGAGAUACGAUUGGCCCGCUGGUUUGGAGCCAUAGUUAAUGUCCGCCUACUCAUAACUGGGGUGGUGCAGCUGCUUGGCGCGGUGGCCUGCAUCCUCUCCACCAUAUCCCUCUCCUGCCUCAGUUUCAACUGCUCCAUCACCAUGACCACGCCACUGUGGGCCAGCCUGUUUUACAUUUUCUGCGGUUGUCUUGCCAUUGAAAUGCAGCGGAAACCAACAAAAAUAAAAGCCAUGAUUCUGAUGGGCCUCACUGUUCUCUGCUUCCUACUGGGACUAGUGGCUCUCCUCACCUUCACACUCAAACACACCAAACCAGCCACUGUUCAGCAGCGUGCUGGCUUGUAUGUGCUGAAGGGCAGCUCCAUCCUCUUCAUGCUCCUGUGUCUGUUGGCCUCGCUGUACACAUUCUUAGUGACAUGGAGGGGUCUGCAGCGCUACAGCGCCUCCUACAGACAGGACUACACCAGUGUACUACAGGAACCCGAUGACCCCACGGGCCCACUCUUGGACAGAGAUGAAUUCAGUCUGUAGAGAAGAAAUUUACCCAUUUUGCUGUGUGUGUGUGUGUGUGUGUGUGUGUGGGUGUAUGUGUUUGUUUGUGUAUGCGUGUGUGUGUGUGUGUGUA